CACAGAGAGUUCGUAAACAGUUCACACAAGUAUUUCAUCCAAAAUGUUCCGUCUUUGUGGAGUAUUGUUAUUAGCAGCCCUGGUGCAGGGCAGCCCAGCGACGGGUGACCGGCUGCUGACUCCUUACAACUACCACGAGGAGGUCGGCAUCCCGCAAGCGAAGCUUAUAAAGGACGCUGAGGAGCAAAUGAAGUACCAAAGAAUCGUCGGCGGCUCACUUGCUGAAAUCAGCGACAUUCCUUACCAGGUGGGUCUGCUGGUAUCGCUGGUGUCGGGCGCGGUGUCGGUGUGCGGCGCGGCGCUGGUGUCCAACACGCGGCUGCUGACGGCGGCGCACUGCUGGGCGGACGGCAGCCAGCAGGCGCGCCACUUCACGGCGGUGCUCGGCUCGCGCACGCUGUACAGCGGCGGCACGCGGAUCAACACCAACACAGUGGAGGUCCACGCCAACUGGAACCCCUGGACGCUCAGCAAUGAUAUCGCCGUCGUCACCAUACCCUGGGUGGCUUAUUCCAAUAGCAUCCGCAACGUCGCUUUACCGGCUGGAUCCUCUACUUAUGAACGCGUGAACGCUAUGGCUUCAGGAUACGGACGGUCUACAAACGAUGACGUGAUCAGCAGCAGCGCCACUCUCCGCUACGUGUGGAGCCCGGUUCUAAGCACCACUGCCUGCCAGCGCCACUACGGGGCCUCGGUCACCAGCUCACACGUCUGCAUCAGCGGCAACCACGCAGUGGGCACCUGCCAGGGCGACACCGGCGGGCCGCUGGUCGUCGAGACUGGCUCCAACUUCCAGAAAGUUCUGGUGAGAAUCGUUUUUGGCUCUUUUACCUCAGACUGAAACUAGACACACAUAGCUGCAGAGGAUGAUGACGGAAUACUCUUUUUAGUGUUGCAUGGCGAGAAGGUGUUUUACAAUGGCUGGAUGGAGUAGCAUGUGUGGGUAUAGUGUUCAAUACCUAAUCCCCGGCCGUAGCAUAAUAUUUGUUUUCGGUCUUGGGUGAUAAAUAUUUGUGAUGUGUGCUAUGCGCUUUUGAAGCGUAGAUAAUUAUUAUGACCAUAACAUUCCAGUAUUGUAGGAGGCUGAAGUCCUGCAGCUGCAUUGGGCUAAUUACGGCCUGUGUGUUUAUAACUUAAAUAACUAGCGUAUGUAGGUACUUUAUCAUACGCUGCGUUUACUUUUAACCAUAAAUUAAUCCUGUAUCUACAGAUUGGAGUGAGUGCAUUUGGCUUCGGUCACACAUCGUCGUGCCAGGCUGGUCUGCCGUCUGUCUUCACUCGCGU